AUGUUUGAGGCGCGUCUAGUUCAAGGAAGCGUGUUAAAGAAGCUUCUUGAUGCGAUCAAAGACCUCGUCACUGAUGCUAACUUCGACUGCUCCUCCACCGGCUUCUCACUCCAAGCCAUGGAUUCUAGCCACGUCGCACUCGUUGCGCUUCUCUUGCGAGCAGACGGGUUUGAACACUACCGAUGCGACAGGAAUCUCACAUUGGGGAUGAAUCUGGUGAACAUGGCCAAGAUGCUGAAAUGUGCAGGCAAUGAUGACAUCAUCACAGUGAAGGCUGAAGACGACGGCGACACCGUCACCUUCAUGUUCGAAAGCCCAAAACAAGACAAGAUAUCUGAUUUCGAGAUGAAGCUUAUGGACAUUGACAGCGAGCAUCUCGGCAUUCCCGACGAGGAGUACGAUGCCAAUAUCAAGAUGCCAGCAGGGGAGUUCCUCCGCAUAUGCAAAGACCUCAGCUCCAUUGGCGACACAGUAAUUAUAAGUGUGACUAAAGAGGGUAUAAAGUUUGCUACAUCAGGCGACAUUGGUAACGCCAAUAUAGUCUGCAGACAAAAUUUGAAUGUGGAUGAGCCUGAUGAUGAAACAGUCAUCGAUAUGAGGGAGCCCGUAUCACUUACAUUUGCACUGCGGUACCUGAAUUCCUUCACCAAGGCGACUCCACUGUCUGGUGUUCACCAAAGAUUGAGGAUGAAGAUGAGGCCAAUUCAUGAGGAAACAAGAUCUCAGGAAAUACCGUGUGGGAGGGAGGAACAGGGCAGGAAGGACCACUGGAUUUAG